AACAAAGACAAAAAGUAACUUUUUAGAGUUGACUCUCACACAGUAAAAGUCACCUUUUUAAUUCACAUUUCACUCCUAAGCUCCACUCUGUACCCUUUUUAAUUUUAGAUCCGUUACUCUGGUUCUUCUUAAAUUGUCAAUUCAACAGUGUUUUAUUUAAGUUCAAACUUCAUCAUGAUUAAAGUGUUAUUUUUAAUUUUACUUUCAAGUAAUUUAGCUGAGUUGAAGGCAGUUGAACGUGUUUUCCUUGAUCCAGGAAUCGACCCAUUGUCUGAUGAAAUGGUUAAUGCCAUAAACUCUUUGAAUACUACAUGGAAGGCUAAAAGGAACUUUGUUGGCGUUUCUUUCGACUAUGUCAAAGGACUCCUAGGAGUUGCUCCUGAUGAUAUUUCUUUACCCGAAGCAGAUAUCCAGAUUGCUGAAGAUAUUCCCGAAAGUUUUGACGCUCGUAAAGCAUGGGCAAACUGUACAUCCAUCUCAAACAUUCGAGAUCAGGGUGUAUGCGGUUCUUGUUGGGCUUUUGGUGCUGUUGAAGCCAUGUCUGACCGUAUUUGUAUUGCAUCUGGUGGCAAUCUUCAAGUUGAAUUGUCUGCUGAAGAUUUGCUCUCUUGCUGCUCAUAUUGUGGAAGGGAAUGCAGCAGUGGGCGAGUUGCUCGUGCUUGGGACUACUGGGAGUUCAACGGAAUAGUUACUGGUGGCGCAUUCGCAGGGGCUGGAUGUAAACCAUAUAAAUAUGCACCUUGUGAACAUAACACGGCAGGCCUUACUCUUUCUAAUUGUUCUAGUGUGAUUCCCGAAAAGCCAGUGUGUGUAGGAAAAUGUCAACCAGAUUAUAACAAGUCUUAUGAAGAUGAUAAAUAUUACGGCAAGAAUAUUCGUAAUAUUGGAGGAGCUCGAAGAGUUGAAAAGAUUCAAACUGAAAUAAUGACCAAUGGACCUGUAGAAGCAACAUUCAUAGUUUACAGUGACUUCCCCAGCUAUUCAUCAGGCGUUUAUCAACAUCACAGUCGUGUAAGCAUACUCGAACAUGCCAUUCGCAUUCUUGGCUGGGGCGUUGAGGAUGGCGUUGACUACUGGCUUGUCGCUAAUUCUUGGAAUACAUAUUGGGGUGAUCAAGGAUACUUCAAAAUACGCAGAGGAAUCAAUGAAUGCAAUAUUGAGGACAAAGUAUACGCUGGAACUCCUGAUUUUAGCAGACCAUGAUUGGCAAUUUCGAUCAACUUCGUACAACCAGACUAAACAUCGAUAAAUUUUACAAAAUUUUACGUUUGACUGCAAUGAAAUCCAUUGCUUUGUUGAAAAUCUGAAUGCCUAAUGAUUCAAAAUAGUUUUAUUGUUGACUAAAUAUAUUUUAUGUUGAAUUGUGUUAAUAAACUCAUCUCGAAAACUCAUCAUUGAA